AUGCAGGGGGUGCAGUACCAGGGCGCGGUGGGCUGCGCGCUGGGGCUGGAGCGCAUCGCGCGCGUGCGCGAGUUCCGCGCGCUGCGCCCGCACGCGCCCGUCGCACAGCACGCGCGCCUCUGGUGGCUCUACGCGCUCUCCUGCCACAUCCCCGACCACCCCUGGACGGAUCCGAAGCCAACGUGGGAGUCUUGCCUGGAGCAGGCCCGCAAGACGAAGCAGUACGUGGACAUCUGCCUGUUCAUCCUCAGCAACCCGGCCGCCGCGCUGCCGCCCGACAAGAAACAGCUCAAGGACGACUUCGAGUGGGCCACGCCGCUGCACAUCCUCAAGCCCUUGAGGGAGGUUGCCAUGCGAAAAGUACCAAAAUCGACGCCGGCGUCGACGCCGGACCAGCCGGGCGCGUCGGGGCGCAGCAUGCUGGUGCACUGGUUCCCGCAGUGGUGGGGCUGGUACGGCGCGCCCGCCGACCCCGCGCCCGCGCCCGCGCCCGCGCCCGCGCCCGCGCCCGCCCCCGCCCCCGCCGCGCCCGUGCCCGAGCUCGAGGAGGAGAUCCUCGACGUGCUGGCCGACUCCAUCGAGAACAACACGCUGCUCAAGCGGGACACGGUCUUCGCGCAGUUUGAGUUCGAGCUCAACAAGGGCAGCCUCAAUUUGAGGGAAACUGACGAGGAAGACAGCCUCGGGCUGGAGCUGCAGUGCAGCCUGGUGCGCGUGUGCGUGGAGUCGCGGCCGCGCGGCGGCGCGCUGGCGCUGCAGCUGCGGCUGGGCGCGCUGUGCCUGCGCGAGCGCGUCACGCCCGGCACGCUGUUCCCCGUGCUCAUAGCGCCGCAGGGCAUGAUCCGCGAGGGACUGAGCGCGAUGAGCGCGGGCGGGGCUGCCAGCUGGCGCGCGCAGCCGGCCGCGCAGCCCGCGCAGGAGCCGCUGUUCCAGCUCAGCUACGAAAAGAAACCUUUCGGCGUCAACGCCGACUACAAGCUGUGGGUGAAGUCGGCGUCGCUGGAGGUGGUGUACUGCGCGGCGGCGGCGCGGUGGGCGCGCGGCUUCGUGCGCGCGGCGUGGGCGGGCGCGCGCUCGCCCUACGCGCACGUGCGCCAGCACACGCGCGCCACGCUCUCGCGACACUGGGCGCACAUGAUGCGCGCGUACCCGGGCGAGCGGCGGUCGUGGCACGUGGAGCUGGACAUCUCCGCGCCGCAGAUCCUGUUCGUGGAGGCGCUGUGCUCGCGCGAGGCGCGCGUGCUGGUGGUGGACUUCGGCCGCCUGCGCCUCGCCAACCACGCCGACUCCUUCGCCGCACCCGCGCCGGUGCCAGACACGCUCGACGGCGACGUGACUCCGACGGAGAUGUUCAUGACGCCGUGCUCGACGCCGCCGGGCAGCCUGCUGUCGCCGGGCUCGCCGCCCGAGGCGCAGCCCCACCACGCGCCGCUCGACGCCGCGCACCUGCACACCAGGCUGUACGACAGGUAUAACAUCGAGCUGAGCGACCUGCAGAUCCUGGUGGGGCGCGCGCGCGACAACUGGAAGUAUGCGCACACCAAGCCCACUUCCACGCUGCAUCUGCUGGACCGGUUCAGCAUAUCGCUUCAGGCGGAACGGCGAGUGGUGGCCACGAACGAUCCGCAGUACCCGACGGCGACGCUGUGCGGCUCGCUGCCCGCGCUGCAGGUGCACCUCAGCGAGCACAAGCUGGCCGCCGUGCGCGCCGUGCUCAACGCGCCCGUCGCGCCGUAUCGUGAGAGCAGCGAAAAACCACGCACUGAAACGACGGAGGAAGAAGAUUGUAGUGAAGCGUCAGAAGCUGAGCUGUCGUCGGCGUCCGCGCAGCAAAGCUCUUCUCUCUUCAUGCUGCAGUUCGCCAUCGAGCAAAUGUCGCUGGAGGUGCAGUCGCGCGGGCGCAGCAUCGCGGAGGUGCAGGUGUGCGGCGUGCGCGCGGCGCUGGCGGCGCGGCCGGCCGACGUGUCGCUGGCGCUGUCCGUGCACUCGCUGCUGCUCGUCGACGCGCUGCAGACCUACGGGCCCGACUUCGAGCUGCUGCUCGCCAGCCACAAGCACCUGGGCAUGGACGGCGCAUCUGGCAGCAUCCUGGGCUCAGAGCCGACGUCACCCACAUCGCCUACAUCGCCCGCGUCUCCAGACCCACGCCUUAUGCCCCCGCGCCCGCACCCGCCGCCGCACGCGCUGCGCAACGCGCUCGACUCGCUGCACCGCGCCACCAGCUCCAGCUGUAUGGCUGGUACCACGGCAUACCCGUAUCCCGACAUUGAGCGCACUAGCCCGCUGCCAAACUGGUCGUCCGGCAGCACGUGGAGCAUCGGCUCCCCGCCGGGCUCGGCCGCGGACCCAACUGCUACCUCCGGUCCCGCAGCGCCCGCGUGGGGCGCAGCGCCCACCGGCAGGGGCUCCACGGGCCCCGGGUGGGGCUCCAGCGGGCCCGGCUGGGCCGCCCCGGGAAUCGUCGACUCCGAAGCACUGAUCGCAGUCGAGCUGUGCUUUGUGAAGGGCGAGGGCGACUCCGAAGAUCUCCACAUUGCCAAUAUACUUUUUAACAAUUUAGAUAUUAUCGCAAACCAAGAAACGAUAGUAGAGCUGAUAGGGUUCGCGCAGCGCGUGAUGGGCCCGGCGAGCGCGAAGAAGACGUCGGACGCCGGGCUGGCGCCGCCGCCCGCCGACACCGACGCCGCCGACGGCCUGCCCACGCCCACUGAUGACCAGGAGCCGGAGGAGGAGGUCAAGAAGUCGGUGCGCACGGAGAUCACGUUCGACUUCCACCGGCUGGGCGUGCUGCUGCUGCGGGCCGCCGUGCUGGACGGCGCGCUGGUGGCGCGCAAGAUCGCCACCGCCACCGUCGCCGAGGCCAAGAUACAGGCCACGCUGGACGCUGCGAGCAUCGAGGUGGGCGGGUCGCUGGGCGGCGUGCAGGUGGUGUCGCUGUGCGAGGCGGGCCUGCACGCGCGCGUGGUGUCGGCGGGCCGCCUGCCGCCGCCGGGCCGCGCGCCCGCGCCGCCGCUUGACGAUGAGAAGGCGCUCUUCUUUACCAUCGCGCGCAAGCUGCAGCCCGCCGCUGGUGAUGACGCGCCCGUGGUGGAGGCGGUGGUGCGCGUGCGCGUGGCGCGCGUGUGGUACACGCACUCGGGCGCGCUGCUGCGGGAGCUGCGCUCGUGCCUCACGGAGUUCAAGCGCUACCUGGCCGAGCUGGCGCGCUCCAUCCGCGCCGCCGCCGCCGACAUGGCGCUCGGCCUCGUGCAUCCAAGGGGCGACUCGCUGUACGCGAACCCGAAGCUGUCGCAGUCGAUGGAGGGCGUGUCCCCGCGCCGGCGCACCGUCAGCCUGGGCUGCUCGCUGGACGAGCCGCCCGACAUCCGCCCCGAGCAGAUCGUGCUCAGCGUGAGCGUGGAGCUGGAGUCGCCGGUGGUGGUGCUGCCGCGCGCGGCGCGCAGCUCGGCGGUGCUGGUGGCGCACCUGGGCCGCAUGAGCCUGGCCAACCGCGCCGGCCCGCCCGCGCACGCCGCGUAUCGCGUGCGCGUGCGCGACAUCUCGCUUGCCACGGUUGAUGUGGGCGAGAAAUUGAAGGCGCUCAGUUUGACGGCGGAAAACAUGGCCGAGAUUUACGACGUGUCCAAUGGACAACCGGUUUUGCACAACACGGCGCUGCAGGUGUCUAUCAACUACAACGAGGGUGAAGAUGGUUUGCAUCAGUGUGAAGUGAGCGGCGCCGUGGUGGGAGGACUCCACGUGACCGCGCGGCGGGAGCAGUACGAGCAGGUGCUGGACACCGUGAAGUGGAUCACCACGGCCCACCACCGCCCGCCCAGCGACGCCCGCGCUGCUGACGUCACCGAUGGACAUAUGACCUACGCGCAGGCGGUAGCGGGUGUAGGCGCUUUGUUAGAGCCGGCGGUGCCGACGUUGCAACUAGACCCGGCCCUGCGCGCUGCGGCGCUGGCCGCGCCCGCCGCGCCCGCUCGCAGCACGCUCGCCUCGCCCGCGCCGCACCACGCGCGCCGUUUCACUCACCUUGUAGUGCGGUUCGAGGUGUGCCAGGUGAGCGUGGAGCUGCGCGCCGACCUGGGCCGCGGCGAGCGCAGCCUGGUGGAGCUGGCGGCGCGCGAGUUCGCGCUGCACUACCGCGCCGCGCACGCGCACGAGACCACGCUGCAGGUGUCACUGCACUCGAUAACCAUGGAGGACCUGACGAAGGAGCCGGGCUCGAAGCACCGGCUGCUGAUGGUGUCGCACCAGCCGCAGCUGCCCAAGGCCGUGUUCGUGUCCAAGUCGUGCCCCGACUUCGUCACGUGCCCGCUGGACGACGGCGCCAGCGCCAGCUCGCUGCUGGCGGCGCGCGCGCACUGCUGCUCGCUGCCCAGCGAACUCAACGUUUUGGACAAAUUGUUAAUACAUGAUAUUGCACCUUAA